UAUAUAGAGGCAAGCGUCUAAAGUUUUAUUAGAUAUUCUUUCCAGAAUUGUGUAAUUGUUCUUCAAUUGAUACAUGUAUUUGAUAUUUUCAAAAUCAGUCAUAAACAAUAAAUAAUCAGGACAUGAUGUACCGACAUAGUAAACAACCUAAAUUCAACAAAAUAAGGAUGGAAACUAACAAACUGACGGACGACAUAAUAGGAUUGUAUGCGGGACUUGAAUAUAUUGCAAGUGAUGAACAAAGUGAAAAUGGUUUUGAUUCCGUUGAACAAGAUUUUAAAAAUGUUUUCAAGCGCAGUAAAGACAUCCGUGAACAAUUAGUUGAAAAUGACAUCCUUCAAGGCAUUAUUACUAAAAAACACUUACGUAAAUAUAAACCUUUAAUAGCAACGAUAGAGGAUAGACCAAUAAAUGGCGACACUCUGCUUCUUCGAGCAAUGUCAAUUUAUGUAGAAAAAGGCAGUGAUCAGGAAAAAAUAUUAGAUAAAAUUAUAAAAGAAAUUCUUGUUGAAAAGUGCCCAGAAUUGAUUGUUUAUCCAAAGAAUAGUGACAAUUAUCAAGGGAUCACUCCACUGCAUCUUGCAAUUAUCAAAGAAAGAACGGACAUUUUAAAAGAAAUGUUGAAAGCUUUAGAAAAAAUUGAUAAAGAAAGAUUUUCAGAUGAAAACCUGAAAAACAUGAAUGCAAAAGGUACUAUAUUUCAAGACACUGUGAUGAUGGCUGGGACUCCACUUGGAGUAGCUGCACUUAAAUUCAAUGAGGAUAUUUUUAAUUGUGUCCUUCAGAAUUUUCAAUUUGCCCUAGAUGUUACAAACGGCAACGGUGACAACAUUAUUCAUUCUCUGGUCGAGUAUGCCUACUUACAUCCAAACGAACUGACAAAAGUCCUAACAAUGGUUAGCUAUGUAAUUGGUUGCAAAUUUCUUCGGGAUGGUGAGUUUCACACUGAGAAGAAAAAUGCAAAAAUGAACAUACGGAAAUUGUUGAUGAUGACAAACAAAGAUCAACUGAAUCCUCUUCAACUUGCUGUCAAAAAACAGCAGUUUAAGAUAUUUGAGCUUAUAAUGGAAAAUAAGGUCUAUCAUACCAAAGAUACAAGGGAUGGAUUUUUCAUUGAUGAAGAGUACGACAUCACUGAAAUUGAAACAAUUCAGUUAACUUUUGAGGAAACCCAUAAGAAAGAUGACGACAGUAGUACCAAACAUGAUCAUCAUGAAUCCAUAUUGGAAUAUAUUGUCCAUCAGGAAACAAACAAUGCGUUUCAUUUUGUUGACUUCCUUCCAGUUAAAGAAGUUAUCAGAGCAAAAUGGAAAUCAUACAGUUGGUUUUUCUUAAGCUGGUUUGCGGUCCAUCUGGUACUCAUGGUUGUUCUCUCGGUAGCUGCAGUCUACAGGUCAAUACUGGAAACAUCAGUAUCUACAAAUAGCACGGUUAAAUUUUCUUAUGUUGUUACACACGACACUUUUGUGUCCGUAGUGUCUGUUGUUGGUCUUGUAUUUGCCUUACUUUACCUGGCGAUGGAAAUAUCUAGAAUAAUGAUUUCUCGAUUUUCGUACAGGGUAUCAUCAAAUCUUCUGAAACGUGUGCUCCGUAACUUUGGUUCGCCAUAUUCGAACCAAGUUUUUAGAAUAUAUUUUGUCCUUUUUUUCAUUAUUUCUCAUGCUUGAUGUGUUCUCGCAGCGACCGAAGCUUCAGGCUCAUUUUCUGGGUAUGAAAAUUACUGCCUUAUUUUUGCUGUUAUUAUAGGUUGGUAUUUGGUUAUGUUCUUUUUAAAGACAUUUAAAGCUUUCAGUAUUUUCACUGUUUUGAUUCAGAGAGCGAUUGUCGAUUUGCUUAAAUUCGCACUUGUUAUGGCAUUUUUUCUAGUUGCGUUUUCAGUAGCAAUGUAUAUGAUAAUGCAAGGCGCGGACACGGAGGAAGACGACUUUAUUCUUUUUAACACAACAAUGUUUAAAAUGCUUACAAUUAUGAUUGGUAUAGGAGAUUUAGAGAUUUUAUUUCGGGCAAGGCAUCCUUAUUUAGCUGUAUUCGUUUUUGUUCUGUUUGUAUUGUUGACAACAAUUCUUCUUCUGAAUGCCCUUAUUGCGAUGAUGUCAAACACGUGUACAGAUUUAAUGAGCAAUUACGGAGGCGAAAUUGCUGCUAAGCUUCAUUGUCGUUUACAAAAAUUGUCAAUAAUUCUGUUCUUGGAAGGUUUUCUGCCCCGAUAUCUUUGCAAGGAAGUUGGUGAAAAGGACGCAAAGGACAGAUAUGAUAAAAAUACUAGUAAAUGGGAACAUGAUACAAUAAGGCGACUCUGGCGGCGGAAUUCUAUGCAUAGCCAUCGAAGACGAAAUGAAGCUUACAAGGCAAUGCAUUCUUUAGAUACCGAUUCUCAAAAUGACGGAGCUUCUUCGAUGCUAAAACAAGGUUUGCAUACAAACAAUAAGGUUUUUCCUCUGAAAAAAAUAAUCAAAAGACAUAAUGAAACUUUGGACGCCUUAACUUUCGAUAUCACUAGUUACGAUUGCGAUAUAUUUGAAACAGAAGAUAAAGGAACCAACAUUCCGGAGGCACAAUAAAAAACUACGAGAAUCACCACAAUUUUUAAAGGUGAUAUAGAAAAGACAAAUAUGCCUGUCCGAAAACCCGUCUGAUUUCAUAUAUUUAUACUUUGAUAACAAAAUAGCAAAAUUUAAAAUAAACAUUUAACUGGUGUAAUUAUGCCAUGUUUGAAUAUCAUGUUCUUUUUAUCAUAUCUAACUUUUAUCAACCUAAUGAAUAACGUGUCAACUUAUAUUCUGAUGACGGACACCAAAUACGGACAGGGAAUAAGGGGUAUGACUAAAAUACGCAACGGAGAUUUUUAAAGCUCUACGUUGCAACGGAAAUAUUCUUUGCAAAACAGGCAAAACGUAUGCUUAUUCAUGAAAAUAGUUAACAUUUAGUUAUAAAAAAAAUUAACUGAGUGAAAAGAGUAAGUUUCUUUUAAAAUGUAUCACAAAUAUUUGCAAAAACUUAUUUUGAAGGAUUAUUUGACGAUUGUUCAAUUAUGCUAAGAUUUUUUAAAAUUAGAUUUAGUGGUUCUAUACCUAAAUUCCAGGCAAAAAUGCUAUCUUGUUUAAUCAAGUAAAUGUUUUUUCUACUUGGGAACCAUACGCCACUGUUUAUUAAAUGGCACAAAAGUGUCACAUUGAUGGUCGUAAAUUAAAACAUUUUCCUAUUUAAAUAUUGAAUUCUACUAAAGCAAUUGCUAGGGGGCGAGAGUGGUAGCUUGCAUUUACCGAUGCCGUCCAUAAACAGGCUCUAUCAACCGAUCUUACAACAACUUCAAUUUUUCAGCUUUGGUCGUUCGUUAUUGGUUUUACUUUUGUCUUUUUUUAAUAAAUAUGUAUUAUGAUGUUUUUAAAAACAAACGUGCGCUGGAUGGAAUUGAAUCGCCAUAUUCCGGGGCUACAUUGUGUCGCAAUAUUUGUCUGGAUUUUAUGGUAAACAGAUCUUGGCGAUUGAAAACAUGUAACAAUUAAAAUAUUAUAACAAUGAAAAGACAGUUGAUGAAGUUUUUUGAAAUUUUAUCAUUUCAUUGACAACUAUAUCAUAUGUAUCGGUUUUCUAUGUAUAUUUGUUAUUAUCAUUAAUAGAUAAAAUUGUAUUGUAAUUUGAU